UGACGUAAUUUCCGUAAUAUCCACGAUGGCCGCCUGCUUCAUGUAAACAUGCGACAUGAUCUUGUCGCGCUCAUUGCAGAUAUUUCCACAUCUUUAAGCACGUAUUUGUAUGAGCGUCUCUAUAAUAUUGUAUUUUUCGUGGAUUAUGUCCUGUAUUUACCGUUCGUGAGUUGAUAUCUAGUCAGAAAGACUAGAAUUAGCGUGCUAACGUUAGCUCGGGCCAGCCAGAGGAGCACCAUGCCGGCGCAGACGCUGUACGUCGGCUUGCUGCCUGAAACCGCGUCGAACCAACGCCUGGAGGAGAUUUUCUCCGAGAUUGGUCCCGUCAAGCAGUGCUUCGUGGUCAAAGACAAAGGUGUAGCAAAAUGUCGAGGGUUUGGCUACGUCAUAUACGCCAUGGAAGAGGAUGCACUACGAGCACUGAAAGAAAUAAAGGAUUACGAUGGAAAGAAGCUUACCAUUUCCGUGGCAAAGAAGAAAUUGAAAGAACCUAAGAAACCAGCUACAAAAGAGAAGGAUGCAGCACCACCACCAGCAGCAGCAGCAGCACCACCGCCCAAAAAGGAGACUGUCAAGAAAUCACAAAAUUUGGAGAAAUACAACUUAAAAGCUCGACUAAUCAUUAGGAAUCUUAGUUUUAAGUGUUCAGAGGACCAUCUGAAGCAGGUUUUUGCAGCGUUUGGGUCGGUUCUUGAAGCUAAAAUCCCUCUCAAACCAGAUGGUAUGAUGCGGGGUUUUGCGUUUGUUCAGUUAAAAACAGUGGGGGAGGCAUCUAUAGCGCUUAAAGCCAUGAACCUGAAGGAGAUAAAAGGUCGGCAAGUGGCUGUUGACUGGGCUGUGCCGAAGGACAAGUAUGUUGCCAUGCAGACAACCUCCAGCUCAGGGACUACUAAACCUGAAGGCACCUCUGCAGAACCAUCAGAGCCUCAGUCGGAUGCCGAAGACGAGGAAAUGAAUCAAGCAGAGAGUAGCAAGGUUAGUGCUAAAAAAUCUGAGCCACCGAUGGAGCAGCCACAGUCUGUUGAUGAUGAAAAAGAAGAGAGUGAAGAUGAUGAUGAUGAUGAAGAUAGUGAAGAAGAUGAUGAAAAAGACUCCCAGAAGGGAGACGACGACGACGACCAUAGCCUUGAUUCAGAUGAAGAUGACAGUGAGGAUGAAGACGAGGAUGGAGAUGACACAUCAGCUCCAAAGAAAACAAAGCGGCAGCUCCCUUCAGACGUGCAAGAGGGCAGGACCGUGUUUAUCAGGAACCUGUCCUUCGACACAGAGGAGGAAGGCCUGGAAGAAGUUCUCCUCCGGUACGGAGAACUGAACUACAUCAAGAUUGUUUUCCAUCCAGCCACUGGACAUUCAAAAGGUUGUGCAUUUGCUCAGUUCAAAGCAAAAGAGGCGGCAGACCGAUGUAUAGCUGCAGGAGAGGACGACAAAGAGGCUGGCGGCAUCCGAGUGGACGGUAGAAAGCUGCUGAUUGUGGCUGCCGUGAGCAAAAACGACGCGGCCAAGCUGAAAGUUGAUAGUAAAGUAAAAGUGCAGACGGGCACCAGGAACUUGUAUCUGGCCAGAGAAGGACUGAUCCGUGCUGGAACCAAAGCUGCAGAAGGUGUGCCUGAAGCAGACAUGAUCAAAAGAGCCAGAUUUGAAGAAAUUAAAAGGAAAAAGCUCCAGGCCCUUAGUGUGUUUGUGUCCAAAAAUCGUCUGUGCGUCCACAACUUGCCAAAGUCGGUGGACAACAAAAAGCUCCGAGCGCUGUGUCUUCAAGCAGUGAAAGGACCUAAAGGAGUGCGGAUUCCAGAGUGUCGCGUCAUGUAUGACAGGAAGCCUGAGAAAGGUCGGGUGGUGGGCCAAUCUCUUGGUUAUGGCUUUGUCCAGUUUCAGGAGCACGAACAUGCUCUGACCGCGCUUCGCUAUCUCAACAACAACCCCGACAUCUUCGGCGCACAUAAGAGACCCAUUGUCGAGUUUUCUCUGGAGGAUUCCCGGAAGCUCAAAAUAAAAGAAAUACGACAUCAAAAAAACAAGUCUGAACAGUUUAAAAAACAGAGUGGCAAAGGCAGCACGGUGUCUCAGCCCCAGACAAGCAGAGACAGCAAAGGAAGCAUACAAGCUCCUCAUCACAACCAAAGUUCCGGCAAACACAGCGGUUUCCAGACCAAGCCCGAGGUGGAGCACGUCGAUUUGGAGAAUGGAAGGAAACGGAGGAAAGUUCUAGCGUUCCCUUCCCACCGUGGACCGAAGAUCAGGAUGCGGGACAAAGGGAAGCAGAGGGUUCCGCCCCCCAAGAAGGCUCAGCAAGGAGGCAGAAGGAAGGAACGGCAAAAACGACAAAUGGAAAAGCCCACACAGCCAAGAAAUCAGAAUAUUAAAGCUCCAAAGAAGCACCAGAGGAAAGGUUCAGACCGUUUUGACAGCCUUGUGGAGCAGUACAAGAAGAAACUUCUCUCAAAAACGCAGAAAAACUCUGGUAUGAGAAAUAACAAGUGGUUCGAUAGUUAAUUUAAACGCAAAGUUUGUCGUCUGUACUCGAAGGCGACGUCAGUGAUGCUGAUUUUAAUUAUGGUGUUAAACUUUACAAUAUGAUACCUCUGUAAUUCACCAUUUUGUCCCACCACCAGCAAAGCAAACUCAUUUUGAUUUUACUUGUAAGAUUUUUAUUAAAUAUAUCAAAACA